AUGAAGUGCGAAGACUUCUCUUACCGUCGAGAGGAAGCCCCAGGUACCCCGCUCCUACGUACAUCUAGCGGGGGUUUUUUGACCGGUAAACUGCCCUUCACCGUGUUUUUUACUGGAGUGACCUCUCCAGGGGCGGGUGUGGAUAGAAGAAAGAAGCCAGGAGGUGCCCAAGCAGCUGGCCCUUGUGAGACUGAGCUUUGUCUGGUUUCUACCCGUCGACAAGGUGAACCUCAUGGUCACGAAGAUCUUCAACGAAUUCCUCUCUACAUCCAACUACGCAGUUACGAAUGGGAAAGUCAACCAAUCAAACCGUGUUAG